ACUAAUAUAAACAAAAAUAUCUAUUAACAGCUUAGUUUUGCAAAUCGCAAUUUAAAAAUGGAUUUGGAAACAAUAGAGCGUUUCCAAAAUGAUUUGGACGAUUUGAAUGCAUUUCAAACAUUCCUAAAUAUGGAUCAAAUUAUACGACGAAUUCAUUGCAAUAAAGAAUUGGCGAAAUUUUGUGCUCCGAUUCGUACAAAACCACGGAGGAGAAAACGUCGCUUUAAUCCUUUAAUUGAUUUGCGUGAAAAAGAAUUCCAAUACAGUUAUCGUUUCAGUAAGGAUAGUAUGAAACGUUUAAUUGAUAUGUUAAGAGAUGAUUUGGAAGUUGAGCAGCAGAAUAAUGCCGUCGAGGUGGAUAAGGCGCAUCAAAAGUGUCAGGUGCCGGUGGAGAAGCAGAUAAUGGCAGCUGUUCGUUAUUGGGGAAGGACGGAGCAUCCCGAAAUAACAGCACAAAUGCAUGGAGUUUCCCUAAAAACUCUAAUGAAAAUAAGCAAGCGUGUUGCCGAAGCUUUGUCGUACAAUGCCUCGAGAUAUAUACGAAUGCCAUGUUUGCUGGCCGAAAAGGAAAAAGUCGCAAAAGGAUUCUACGAUAUAGCACAUAUGCCUCAGGUGAUUGGUGCUGUAAAUCACACCCAAAUGAAAUGUAAACGCAACAAAGCUGCUGCAGCGCAAAAACAUUCCGAACAGAACACUAUGGAACAUAUUUUACACAUACAGAUCGUGACAGAUGCCAGUUUAAAAAUACGAGAUUUAGAUUGUCAUUUGGCCAAAGCAUUUGAUAGCAGGAGUCCUGCAGAUAUUUUUGCACAGAGUAGAAUUAAAGAACGUUUCGAACAAAAUGAAUUUCGUGGUCGUCUUCUGUUGGGCGACUCGGGCUUGAAGUGUUCUUCAUAUUUAUAUACGCCGGUUCUCUAUGGUCUUACAUUGGCCGAACAAGCCUUUAAUAGUUCGUUGCGUUUAACCUAUGAACCGGCAAGGAAAUGUUUAAAAUUAUUGCAACAACGUUUUGGUAUUUUAAAUGAUGAAUUCCAGGGUUCACUGGCAACGGCCAGACAUAUUGUGGUAGCUUUGGUUUUAUUGCAUAACAUGGCAUUGGAAUGGAAAGAUGCAGCGAUAGAUACAACAAAUUUGAAAGAGUUUGAUGAUCACCACUACGAGACUCAGAUAAACACUGAAGAGCGUAGCCGAGCAGAAUUUAUUAAGAAUCAUUUUCAGAAAUAAUAAUUUUUAAUUAGUAUUGAAUAAGUUCAUUAAUUUAUAUUAAAACGAGAAAGUAUUCAUAAAAA